GGAAAAUAAAUAAUAAAUUUGGACGAGAAAAUGGUAUAGGUGGGUAAAUAAAUAGGAGUCCUAAAAAGGAUGAGAUAAACCAUACCCAUUACCCCCACCUAAGAUUGGUGCUCACAAGAAUGUUGAGCUCUCAAGGUCUGGUUUUGGCUACCGCCAUGGCAGUCUCCGCCGGCACCGUCAUUCUCUUUGACCUUUUCCGGGACAAAUACUACCCCGGCCACCACAAUCAAGAUUCCUCCUCCCCUGAAACCCCGCGGAUUCUUAGGUCUUGUUUGGCUUCAGGGGAGAAGAAGAGGAAGGAGAAGAGAGUGAGCUUUGCAGAGGGUGUGAAGGAGUCAAUCCGGAAAGGAGAGGAAUACCGGAGAGGCUUCCGGAAGGUCAACCGGAGACGGUCGUGCGGCGGCGUAGUGAACCGGGGAAUGCCCGCAAAUCACGCCGCAUUGUACACCGGAGUUCUCAAGGAUCGGUCUCUCCGGUUGGAAUAUUCAUACUGAUCAUCGUCUGUCUAUAUUCAGAAUUGUUUUCGGCUGUGUAUAGUUUGUCUGUAGUACAUAGAUCAGAAACAUGAUUAGUAUUUCUCUCUUUUCUAAGCUUUUUGCCCUCAUAAUUGUAUAGUAUUUCUUUUCUAAUUAAAGAAAUUGUUUUGAAAUUCAGAAUUAUUCAAUACCCCUCAUCUCACCCUGUAAAAGUUAUGUAUUUCAUUUUAAACUCUCUCAAAAUAAAAAUUAGUAGUAUGUUUACUUUUUCGAUAA